CUCUUUAACUCCCCCACUCUUUAGACAGCUCUCAGGGCCCAUCCCAUAGACCUCUAAACAGACAUGGCAGCUAUUUCACGUACUUUCGCCUCCCAAUUGGUGAAUCGCUCCUACGUCAAUGUCCCUGCUUCUGCUGGUGCAUUGAAGAAGGCUUUCUCCAUCUCUUCUUCCAGCCGUGAUGAGGAGACUCAAGCUCCUACCCUUGCUUCCACCAAGAGCCGCUCUUCUGCUGGUCCUUUGAACAGAAGCUUGGUUAAUGCUGCCCCCAACACCAACUACCAAACUCGCCUUCAGCACACCAACACAACCACCAUUCCCGAUUUCUCCAAGUAUAAGAAGGAUGGUAACAACUACGAUUCUGGUCGUGCCUUCACCUACUUCAUGGUUGGUACCACUGGUUUCCUCAGUGCUGCUGGCGCCAAGGCUACCGUCACCGACUUCCUUGCCAACAUGUCUGCCUCUGCCGAUGUUUUGGCUCUUGCUAAGGUCGAAGUUGAACUCGCCUCCAUCCCCGAAGGAAAGAACGUCACCAUCAAGUGGAGAGGAAAGCCCGUCUUCAUCCGUCACCGUACCGGCGAUGAAAUCCAAGAAGCAGAGGCAGUCAACGUCAGCGAGCUCCGUGAUCCCCAGACUGAUGCUGAGCGCGUGAAGAAGCCCGAGUGGCUCGUCAUGCUUGGUGUCUGCACUCACUUGGGUUGUGUCCCAAUUGGUGAGGCUGGUGACUUCGGUGGUUGGUAUUGCCCAUGCCACGGUUCUCACUACGAUAUCUCUGGUCGUAUCCGUCAAGGACCUGCUCCUCUUAACUUGGAAGUUCCCGAGUACAGCUUCACCGAAGACAAGCUUAUCGUUGGUUAAGAUAACAUUUAUUCUCCAUAUCAUAGCCUCCUCUAAAGACUUCUUUUCACUCUUCUUUUUCAAAAGACCAACCCCCAACAAUGUUCGAUAUAAUAAAAAAAGGUCUUUUUAUGAUCAUAGAAUUCCCCUCAUAAAACAUACAAGCCUUUCUUUUUUAAACCGUUUGA